AUGGUCAUGGAGACCUUACGGACGAGCUCGACUCUCGUGCUUAAUGCUGUCAUGGAACUCUACUCUGCCACUCUUCGUCGUCCGACCCUGGCCACGACUAUUGCUCUCAAUCUCUUCGGUCUCCUUCUGUACCGCUUUUUGAAUAGUCCUUGGCGAAAGCUCCCUCCAGGACCCACCGGUUAUCCUCUGCUAGGUAGUGCGCUCAAGCUCCUCGACGCUUCUUGGUUAUACAACGAGUGUCCCAAACUCGGGGAAAUCGUUUACCUCAAUGUUGCUGGGCAACCCACGUUUAUUUUGAACUCUCAAAAGGCCGCGGCCGAGCUCCUUGAUCGGCGUGCCGCAGUAUACUCUGGCCGUCCACGCCUUAUUGUCGGCCAUGAGCUCAUGAGCGGAGGACUGUUCUUCGCGUUCGAGCCGCACAACGAUCGGUGGCGUCGACAGCGGCGCGUUGUACACGAGGGUUUCAAUAAGUCCGCCGCAAGUCGCUUCCAAAGCGCCGAGGUCGAGGAUGUUGUCCGCUUGGCGGCUUCGCUCGUAGAGGAUUCUUCCUCGUUCCGCUCGCUCUAUCAUACCUGCGCGUGUUCGGUCGUGCUGUCCGUCACCUAUGACCGACCUUUGCGCGGAGGUCCAGAGCACGAGGCGCUACGGGCACGGAUAGACGAUUUUGUUCAUCGCAAUCAGGCUGCUCUCCAGGUCGGAGCACACUACGUCGAACUUGUGCCGUGGAUGCUGUACCUCCCUAGCUGGAUGGCGAAGUGGAAGCGAGAUGCUCUGAAGAUGUAUGAAGAGACAAGCGCAUUCUUCUUGGGUCUCGUGGAUGAUGUAGAAACACGGGUGAAUGAGGGAACAGCACGACCAUGCCUUACAACAACUUUGGUUCAGGAGGGCGAGCGAUUCCAGGUCUCAAGACUUGAAGCGGCUUGGUCUGCUGGAGUCAUGUACGCGGCUGGCAGCGACACUACUAGCAACUUACUUGAAUGGUGGACACUCGCCAUGGUCGCCUUCCCGAACGUGCAGAAGAAAGCACAAGCGGAACUAGACGCCGUGGUCGGUCGAGGCCGACUGCCAUCUUUCUCCGAUCGCGCGCUUCUUCCCUACACCGUUGCCGUUCUGCGCGAGGUCUUACGCUGGCGCACCGGUCUCCCACUUGGUUUGCCCCAUCAAGCCGACGAAGACGGUUGGUAUGAAGGGAUGUUCAUACCCAAGGGGAGCGUGCUCAUCGCGAAUGUCAUGCCCUGCAACCGAGAUCCGGCAGUUUAUGGAGACGAUUCCGAAGCCUUCAAGCCUGAGCGGCAUCUUACUGAAGAUGGGAAGCACAAGCCCGCACCCGCAGCAACGAAAGAUCACGGACACGUAUCGUUUGGCUUUGGCCGUCGCGUCUGCGUUGGGCAGCAUGUUGCCGAAGAUACACUGUUUAUCGCCGUUGCUGUGCUAUUAUGGGCGUUUGAAUUCGCGAAGGCGCGAGAUGAGAAGGGUCGAGAGAUUGACGUCGAUGCGGUGGGAUAUGAUGCAGCACAGCUUACUAUGAAAGCCAAUCACUACGAGUGCAGCAUUACGCCUCGCUUCCCUGAAGUCAACACGAUUCUUGCCGGGGAGACGGAGUUGCUGUCGUCGUGA